GUGUAAUAUAAAAGUUUCACCCCGCGUUUCCAAUACACUCACUCUUUUCGGAGCAUCUCUCCAAUCUGCAUCCGCAGCAGCUUCAGCAAUCAGAAAAUUAGAAAGGCAACCGAGAUUAUGUAUCGUGUCAUUGUGGCCGCCGUUAUCAUCUCCCUGAUUGGUUUUUGUGUCGCCCAAGUGAACUUUUCGCCAAACUGGGGAAAGAGAGCGCUGAACGGCGAUAAUGAGCCUAACUGCAAAGAAAAUAUCGACACCAUCAUGCUUAUAUACAAGAUUAUACAGAAUGAGGCUCAAAAGCUGAUAGAAUGUGGCAAGCUAUCUAACUGAUGCUCCAAAUACUUCGCUGUGUGUGAUAUGCGAUUUCGAAUGAAUAAAAAGUUCAAUUGA